AAAGUGGAGAAACAAGACACAGAGCACAAAGGGAAGGCCACAUAUUUUUACAGUCUUCCCCUUCUUCUUCUCUCCUUCUCUUUUCUCUUUUUUACAUUUUCACAAUCGCAACGAAUCAUCAUCUUCCUUUUUCAUUUUCUUCAUUUUCCUUUUUUAAAAUCAAUUAAUAAAACAGUUAAUACAAUCAUCAGAUCACAAAUUUAUUCAGCCAGUGUCGGUGAUCCAAUCUAUUCAAUUUCCUGUUUAUUAUUAUAUUAUUAUAAAGGUAACGAAACGAUGUCGUGUUCGUCGUCGUCGGGAUCGGAGUCGGAAGACGAUGAGGGAAUAGACUCAUACAGGAAAGGAGGAUAUCACGCUGUUAGAGUUGGCGAUCAGUUUAACGGUGGUCGUUAUAUUGCUCAACGGAAGCUCGGGUGGGGCCAGUUUUCUACCGUUUGGCUCGCUCACGAUACUCAUUCAUCCAGUUUUGUUGCGCUUAAGAUCCAGAAAAGCGCGGCACAAUUUGCUCAAGCUGCCCUUCAUGAGAUUGAACUCCUUUCAGCUAUAGCCAAGGGUGAUCCCUCUAACUCUAAGUAUGUCGUACGUUUGAUUGACCAUUUCAAGCACACAGGACCAAAUGGGCAGCAUUACUGUAUGGUCCUUGAAUUUCUUGGUGAUAGCUUACUCAGGUUAAUCAGGCAUAGUCGUUACAAGGGUAUUCCGUUGAAUAAAGUUAGAGAAAUAAGCAAAUGCAUUUUGAUAGGUCUGGAUUAUUUGCAUAGAGAACUCGGUUUGAUCCACAGUGACUUAAAACCUGAAAACAUUCUUCUUUUUUCCACCAUUGAUCCUGCCAAAGAUCCAAUUAGGUCUGGGCUUAAACCAAUAUUUGAGAGGCCUGAAGGUAAUGUUAAUGGUAGUACUACAAUGAACCUCAUCGAGAGGAAGUUGAAAAGGAGAGCAAAACGAGCUGUCGCUAAGAUAUCAGAAAGAAGAACUUCUAUGGGAGGAGCAGCGGCAAAGCAGGGGAAAUGUUUGAAUGGGAUUGAUGUGAGGUGCAAGUUGGUUGAUUUUGGAAAUGCAUGUUGGGCUGAUAAGCAGUUUGCAGAAGAAAUUCAAACGAGGCAGUAUAGAGCUCCUGAAGUUGUUCUACAGUCUGGCUAUUCCUACUCUGUUGAUAUGUGGUCAUUUGCUUGUACUGCUUUUGAGCUUGCUACUGGCGACAUGAUGUUUACUCCCAAAGAGGGACAAGGAUUUAGUGAAGAUGAGGAUCAUCUUGCUCUAAUGAUGGAACUCCUCGGAAAGAUGCCUCGAAAGAUAGCCAUUGGUGGAGCUAAUUCAAAAGAUUUCUUCGAUAGAUACGGGGAUCUAAAAAGAAUCCGGAGACUAAAGUUUUGGCCUCUUGAUCGCUUGUUGGUCGAUAAAUACAAAUUUCCCGAGAAUGAUGCUAAGGAGUUUGCAGAAUUUCUCAGCCCCAUUCUCGAUUUUACACCAGAGCAGCGGCCCUCAGCUCAGCAAUGCUUGCAACACCCUUGGCUCAACCUGAGAAGCUCUGCUCAGACCGAGAAGGAAAAUGAAGCUGAUGUGGGAAAGUUACAAGUUGGGGUGAGCAAACUUCAGCUUACGGUGGGUAUGAGAUGAAGGGUUCUGCGGUGCUUUUGCACCAUUUUCAAGUCCCUCCCUCCCUCCACUUAUAGUUAUAUGGUUAUUGAUUGUGAUUUUUUUGGUUUGUUACAAUUAAAACUACAUAAUUUUUUUAUUAUUGAUUAACUAAAAUGUAAAUUAGUAAUUGAACGAGGGAAAAAUUAAUUAACUGUGUUAACAGGAUCUGGGUGGCUGAUGCCCUAACCAGAACAGUUCACUUGUUUUCCAUAUGUAAUUCAUAUUGACAUUUGUAUUAGUGAAAAUUGUGUCCCGCACGGGCCACACCGUUGAAGGAAAUUACACUUUUACGCUA